UCUAGUAGUAUUACUCUAACAAAUAUAAAAACAGAACUAUUUCUUUGGUGAUCAUUGUGUACCUAACAGUCAAAACAAACAUGUCUUCCUUCGCAUUCCUCAUCCUCGCCGUACAGGCCUGCCUGCUCCAGACUGCCUUCAGCCAGAUCAUCGGUGGGUACGGAUGUGGCGCUGAACUCGCCGCCCCCUGGAGUCUUGCCGCGGCCGCCCCCUGCGGCUACGGCGCGGAGAUCGCCGCCCCCUUCGGCUUCGCUGGCCCCUACGGCUACGGCGCCGAGAUCGCCGCUCCCUACGGCCUCGGCCUCGCCGGUCCCGGCUACGGAAUUGGCCCCUACGGCGCUGGCAUCGCCGGCCCCGCUUACGGCGGCGCCGGAGUCGGCGAGGUAGCCGUGGCUGGUGAGCUGCCAGUCGCCGGAUCGACCCUGGUAGCCGGUCAGGUGCCCAUCCUCGGUGCCGUGGAGUUCGGAGGUGCCGUCCCCGCCGCCGGAUCGGUCUCCAUCGCCGGCAGCUGCGCCUGCGGCUGCGGAGGCCCCUAUUUCUACUAGAUUAUGAACUGACCAAAUAUAGUAUUAUUAUUAUCGACUGA